AGGCUGGUUGAAUGAGUUGCCUAUGAAAGCUACUUCAUCUGCAAGAAAACAGCCGGCUGCACCAGUGACUGUUUCAGUUCUCUAAAAUGAGUCUCUCUGGGGAGAGAGAGGAGGAGGGCCCUGCCUCUAAAAUGAGUCUCUCUGGGGAGGGAGAGGAGGUGGGCCCUGCCUCUAAAAUGAGUCUCUCUGGGGAGAGAGAGAAGGGGGGCCCUGCCUCUAAAAUGAGUCUCUCUGGGGAGAGAGAGGAGGGACCUGCCACUAAAAUGAGACUCUCUGGGGAGAGAGAGGAGGGGGGCCCUGCCACUAAAAUGAGUCUCUCUGGGGAACAUGACACCAAGAGUCCAAUCAAGCAGGAGAGACCAGCCUCCCCUGUACCCAGCUGUGUGUCCAUGAAGAGUGACAAGUCUAUGGGUCAUCCUAUACGGUUUAGAGAGGGAGACUUUUCUACUGAACAAAGUCCAAUCAAGCAGGAGAGACCAGCCUCCCCUGUACCCAGCUGUGUGUCCAUGAAGAGUGACAAGUCUAUGGGUCAUCCUAUACGGUUUAGAGAGGGAGACUUUUCUACUGAACAAAGUCCAAUCAAGCAGGAGAGACCAGCCUCCCCUGUACCCAGCUGUGUGUCCAUGAAGAGUGACAAGUCUAUGGGUCAUCCUAUACGGUUUAGAGAGGGAGACUUUUCUACUGAACAAAGUCCAAUCAAGCAGGAGAGACCAGCCUCCCCUGUACCCAGCUGUGUGUCCAUGAAGAGUGACAAGUCUAUGGGUCAUCCUAUACGGUUUAGAGAGGGAGACUUUUCUACUGAACAAAGAAACCAACAAGAGAGAUCAGAGUCAGAGAUUCUCAGUCGUCAGUCUUCCCAGAGUCAACAAACAGACCUGGCCUCCAUAUUCAGUGUGCUUGAAGAGAACAUUUUGACAUUUGUGAAGAACGAGCUGAAGAUGUUCAAGAGGAUUCUUAGUCCAGAACUCCCAGAAGGCUUUGAGAGUCAGAAGCAGGAUAAGGAAAUGGUGGACACUGAAGAUGAGAAGCAGGAGAGCAGUGCCAGAGAGGGGGCUCUGAAGAUCACGCUGCACAUUCUGAGGAAAAUGAACCAGAGGGAGCUUGCUGACACACUGGAGAACUAUUCAGAUGAUCCUGCUGUGAUUUGCCAACGUGAACUGAAAUCUAAUCUAAAGAAGAGGUUUCAAUGUGUAUUUGAGGGGAUCGCUAAACAAGGAAACCCAACACUUCUCAAUAAGAUCUACACAGAGCUCUACAUCACAGAGGGUGGAACAGGAGAGGUCAAUAAUGAACAUGAGCUGAGACAGAUUGAGACAACAGCCAGGAAACAAGCAAGACCAGAGACUGCAAUCAAAUGUAACGACAUCUUCAAACCCUUAACUGGACAAGACAAACCUAUCAGAACUGUGUUGACAAAGGGAGUCGCUGGCAUUGGAAAAACAGUCUCUGUGCAGAAGUUCAUUCUGGACUGGGCUGAAGGGAAAGCAAAUCAGGAUGUCCAAUUUAUAUUUUCAUUCCCUUUCCGGGAGCUGAAUUUGAUGAAAGAGGACAAACACACUUUGAUUGAACUUCUUAAUCACUUUUCAAUGGAAACCAAACAAUCAAGAAUCUCCAACUACGACAAAUACAAAGUUAUGUUCAUCUUUGAUGGUCUGGAUGAGUGCCGACUGCCCCUAGACUUCCAGAAGAACAAGAUCUGUUGUGACGUCAUAAAGUCAACCUCAGUGGAUGUUCUGCUGACAAAUCUCAUCAAUGGAAAUCUGCUUCCCUCUGCUCUCAUCUGGAUAACUACCCGACCUGCAGCAGCCAACAAGAUCCCUUCAGGGUGUGUUGACCAGGUGACAGAGGUACGAGGGUUCAAUGACUCACAGAAGGAGGAGUACUUCAGGAAGAGAUUCAGUGAUGAGGACCUGGCCAGCAGAAUCAUCUCACACAUAAAGACAUCAAGGAGCCUCCACCUCAUGUGUCACAUUCCUGUCUUCUGUUGGAUUUCUGCAACAGUCCUUGAACACAUGCUGGAACAUAAGAGAGAAGAGAUGCCCAAGACUCUGACUGAGAUGUACACACACCUUGUGGUGUUUCAUACCAAACAGAAGAAUGAAAAGUAUCCUGGGAACGAAGAGACAGGUCCACACUGGAAUAAAGAGAGCAUUCUGUCACUGGGAAAACUGGCUUUUCAACAGCUUGUGAAGGGCAAUCUGAUUUUCUAUGAAGAAGACCUGAAAGAGGCUGGCAUUGAUGUCAAUGAAGCCUCAGUGUACUCAGGAUUGUGCACACAACUCUUUAAAGAGGAAUGUGGGCUGUACCAGGACAAGGUGUACUGCUUCGUACAUCUGAGCAUUCAGGAGUUUCUGGCUGCUGUAUAUGUGUUCCUCUCAUUCAUCAACAACAAUGAGAAUCUAAUGGACAAACUGCAUUCAACGUCCUUUUCUGUGAAGAAAAGACGCAAUCGUAAAGUUACUGUCUACAAGAGUGCUGUGGAUGAAGCCUUACAAAGUGAGACAGGAAACCUGGACCUUUUCCUCCGCUUCCUUCUGGGCCUCUCACUGGAGUCCAAUCAGAAGCACUUACAAGGUCUACUGACAAAGUCAAGCAGCUCAGAGAGCCAUGAAGAAACAGUGAUGUACAUCAAGAAGAAGAUCAGGGAGAAUCCCUCUCCAGAGAAGAGCAUCAAUCUGUUCCACUGUCUGAAUGAACUGAAUGACCAUUCUCUAGUGGAGGAGAUCCAAAGCUACCUGAGAUCAGGAAGUCUCUCAGAAGCCAACCUGUCACCUGCACAGUGGUCAGCUCUGGUCUUUGUGUUGCUGACUUCAGAAAAGGAGCUGGAUGUGUUUGACCUGAAGAAAUACUCCAGAUCAGAGGAAGGUCUUCUGAGGCUGCUGCCAGUGGUCAAAGCCUCCAGAGCUGCUCUGCUGUCAGGCUGUGGAGUCACAGAGGAAGGCUGUGCUUCUCUGGUCUCAGCUCUGAGUUCAAACCCCUCACACCUGAGAGAGCUGGAUCUGAGUAACAAUGACCUGAAGGAUUCAGGAGUGAAGCUGCUCUCUGCUGGACUGGGGAAUCCCCACUGUAAACUGGAGACUCUGAGGCUGUCACACUGUCUAGUCACAGAGGAAGGCUGUGCUUCUCUGGCCUCAGCUCUGAGGUCAAACCCCUCACACCUGAGAGAGCUGGACCUGAGCUACAAUCACCCAGGAGACUCAGGAGUCAGACUGCUCUCUGCUGGACUCGAUGAUCCACACUGCAGACUGGAGAAACUCAAUGUGGAACACGGUGGAGAGAACACAAUGAAACCUGGGCUUAGAAAAUAUGUCUGUGAUCUCACACUGGACCUAAACACAGUAAACAGACGCCUCUCUCUGUCUGAGGAGAACAGAAAGGUGACAUGCAGGAGAGAGAAGCAGCCGUAUCCUGAUCACCCAGAGAGAUUUGAAAACUAUGAACAGGUGCUGUGUAGAGAGGGUCUGACUGGGCGCUGUUACUGGGAGGUAGAGUGGAGUGGGAGAAGGGUUGAUAUAGGAGUGACAUAUAAAGGAAUCAGUAGGAAAGGAAGGGAUAAUGACCUUUGUCUUGGAUACAAUGACGUGUCCUGGACUCUUUUCUGCUAUGACAACAGUUACAUUGCCUGUCACAACAAUAAUCCCAUUAUCAUAGACGUCCGCCCCUCCAGCUCCCACAGAGUAGGAGUGUAUCUGGACUGGCCAGCCGGCACUCUGUCCUUCUACGUAGUCUCCUCUGACACACUGACCCACCUAUACACAUUCACCUCCACAUUCACUGAGCCCCUCUAUCCAGGGUUUAGGUUUUGGUAUGAUGGCGAGUCAGUGUCCCUGUGUCAGUUGGUCCCUGUGUCAAACACAACAUGAUGUUUCACUCUAAUCAGGGUCAUGUUCAGUAAGACACACUGGAGCAACAAUGUAGAAUCUCUCUCUAGUGUGUAAACCCCUCUAUCCAGGGUGUUUGGUAUGAAUAUCUCUCUAGUGUGUAAACGCCUCUAUCCAGGGUGUUUGGUAUGAAUAUCUCUCUAGUGUGUAAACCCCUCUAUCCAGGGUGUUUGGUAUGAAUCUCUCUCUAGUGUGUAAACCCCUCUAUCCAGGGUGUUUGGUAUGAAUCUCUCUCUAGUGUGUAAACCCCUCUAUCCAGGGUGUUUGGUAUGAAUAUCUCUCUAGUGUGUAAACCCCUCUAUCCAGGGUGUUUGGUAUGAAUCUCUCUCUAGUGUGUAAACCCCUCUAUCCAGGGUGUUUGGUAUGAAUAUCUCUCUAGUGUGUUAACCCCUCUAUCCAGGGUGUUUGGUAUGAAUAUCUCUCUAGUGUGUAAACCCCUCUAUCCAGGGUGUUUGGUAUGAAUAUCUCUCUAGUGUGUUAACCCCUCUAUCCAGGGUGUUUGGUAUGAAUAUCUCUCUAGUGUGUUAACCCCUCUAUCCAGGGUGUUUGGUAUGAAUAUCUCUCUAGUGUGUUAACCCCUCUAUCCAGGGUGUUUGGUAUAAAACAUGUGUAUUAGCAUUACUUUCAGGUUAAUAUAAAGGAUAGGUGUGUAUGUAAUAUAAAGGUGUGUAUGUAAUAUAAAGAUGUGUACAAUCCUG